AUGGGCGUAAAUGCUAGCAAGAACAAGAGCAAUCUGUGUGGCAGAGAUGUUACAGGGUUGAUGGAGAAUACAAGGUUUCUGCAGAAGGCAAUGAGGGAGAUGAUGAGUGAGAGGGAGAAACAGAGUAAGGCUUAUGAGCGAGAUAUGAUGGUUUUUGCAUUUAAGGAGGCUGAGUGGAAGCAAGAGAGGAAGAGGCUAAGAGAGGAGGUGAAGAGUCUGAGGAAGAUAGUGGAAGAGAAAGAAGAUAGGAUUAAAGAAAUGGAAGAGAAGAGUGAGAAAAGAGGGUGGGAAUUGUUGAUGGGAAGUGGUUUCUUGUUGGAGCAAAUGAGGGAGGAGAGAGCAAGGAGAGAUGAGGCUGUGGAAAAGUGGAAGCAGCUUUAUCUUGCUAUUAAGAUGGAGCUUGAUGAUCUCAUUCAGAGGACACAUCAUGGGGAGGUACAGUAUUAUUGGAAAGCAGAGGAAGAAGAAGAGAUGAUACAAGAGUUGCAGAGGGAACUUCAUGCAAAGGAAGAGACCAUCAGAGGUUUGAAAGCUCGAAUGUCUUCUAUGGAGCAUGAAGAAUACAGCAAGGAAAGGGAAAUUGACAUAUUGAGGCAAAGCUUACGAAUCAUGAGCAGUAAAACAUCGGCAUCGCAUGUCGGCAACAAGGAUCUCCAAUGAAAUCAUAAUAUAUAGUAUUUGUCGGUGCUCUGUAAAUUACUUCUACCGUACAUUACAUUUUAAUGCAAAAAUUGGCAUAGUUGAAGAAAUUUUACAAGUAGUGAAGAUUACUUGCGU